GUUCUUAACUUUUUCUUUUAAUUUGAUUUGUCUUUAUUUUAAUGAUGUUUGACUUCCAUAUGUUUCAAAGAGAUUCCGUUGAUUCCGUUGAUUCCGUUGAUUCCGUUGAUUCCGUGAAUUCGAUGUGGCGGUAAUCUCACGGCAAAACAAAAACUCACGGCAAAACAAACUAAACUCACGGCAAAACGAACUAAACUCACGGCAAAACGAACUAAACUCACGGCAAAAGGCAAUAAAUUCACGGCAGAAUAAACUUAACUCACGGCAGAAUAAAGAAAGCCACGGCAAAAUAAACUAAACUCACGGCAGAAUAAAGAAAGCCACGGCAAAAUAAACUAAACUCACGGCAGAAUAAAGAAAGCCACGGCAGAACAAAGAAAGCCACGGCAGAAUACAGUAAAAGCAACGACGUAUUGGGUUCCCUGUUGAUUUUUAUACCGCGAGCAAUUUGUCAGCGGUUUUGAUGUUGUAAAUAAAAAUGGCGUCUGGUUCGAGUGGAUCCUGCCAAGGUUGUGGUUCCUUAUUACUUUCGCAAGCGAAUAUGUGUAGAUUUUGUACCCAAGCGUCUACUGGUCAGUUAGAUGACGACAAUACACGUGCAGACAUUUCGAGCACUGAUGAUGAAGAAGAAGAAGAGUUAUUAAACGAAGAAGAGGUUAUUACAUAUUACUUUCGUCUUGGAUUCGAAUAUAAAGAAAUCCUGCAUUUUCUUUGUGAGCGUCAUCAGCAUCCCAUAAGUCGAUGUACACUGAUAAGGAGACUUAAACAAUAUGGGCUGUCGAGGCGUGGUAUUACCGAUAAAGAAGGAUUCAAUGAGACAUUUGCAAAGGUCCGAGAACGCAUAAGUGAGCUGAUCAAAGGCCCUUCGUCAUCUAUGGGCUAUAGAGCAAUAUGGCACACAUUGAGAAUGGAAGGUAUCCUGGUACCAAGAAAAGUUGUACAGGAUUUGCUGAAAGAGAUGGAUCCAGAAGGAACUGAAAAAAGGAAAAAAAAUCGUUUGAAAAGGAGAACAUACAACAAUCCUGGACCAAACUAUGCCUGGCACRUGGAUGGAUACGACAAAUUAAAACAAUGGGGAUUCCCGAUUCAUGGUGGAAUUGACGGAUUCAGUAGAAAGAUAUUGUGGCUCAAGGUUGCAAGGUCCAACAAUUCUCCAGACAACAUUGCAUUUUUUUUUUUUUGUUGAGGCCAUUUCUGCUGUUGGAGGCUGCCCAGUACACUUAGUAACAGAUUUAGGUACAGAAAAUGGAUUAUCUGCAUCAAUUCAGAAUUUUUUUCGUGAUGAUUUUGCUGCACACAGAUAUGUAGCAUCACCCCGUAAUCAAAGUAUGGAAGGAUGGUGGUCAUACUUUGCAAAAAGCCAUUCUGCAUGGUGGAGAAGGUUUUUCACAGAUUUGGAAUUUCAAGGGAUAAUUGACACUUCAUCUGAGCUUGAUAUGGAAUGUUUAUGGUUUUGCUUUCACAGAGUCAUCCAGAAACAACUUGAUUAUGUAACAGAUCAUUGGAAUAGUCAUAGGAUAUGCCAAUCAAGGCAUAACACUAAACCUGUACGCCCAGAUUCACUUUUCUUCUGUCCUGAACUUCAUGGAGCAGAUCCAAACCUCAAACUGGAAGUUCCAUCUACUGAAAUGGAUCAUGUGUUGCAGCAUCUAGUCAUGAAACCAGAAAAAAAUGUCCAUCAGGAAUAUUUUGAAUAUGCCCAAGAGCAGUUGUCCAUAGAACAACCAAGCAGUUGGCAAGAGGCACUG